AUGGCCGCGCAAGUCAUUGCCAACUCUAGUCACGAUGACAUGAUUCACGACGCCGUCCUCGACUACUACGGGCGCAAGCUCGCGACCUGCUCGAGCGACCGGACCAUCAAGAUCUUCGAGGUGGACGGCGAGUCGCACAGACUGACGGAGACGCUGAAAGGCCACGAAGGAGCCGUGUGGAGCGUGUCCUGGGCUCACCCCAAGUACGGCAACAUCCUCGCGUCGGCCGGCUACGACGGCAAGGUCUUCAUCUGGAAGGAGCAGGGCCAGAACAACCAGUGGCAGCGCAUCUACGACUUCCCCGGGCACAAGGCGUCGGUCAACGUGGUGGCGUGGUCCCCCCACGAGGCCGGCUGCCUGCUCGCCACGGCCUCGUCCGACGGCAGCGUCGGCGUGCUCGAGUUCAAGGACGCGGCCGUCGACCACGUCACGUUCCCGGCCCACGGGCUUGGCGUCAACUCGGUCUCGUGGGCGCCCGCCACCACGCCCGGCAGCAUCGUCAGCAGCGCCCCCGGCCCCGGGUCCGUGGGCAACCGGCGCUUCGUCACCGGCGGCUCCGACAACCUCGUCAAGAUCUGGGCCUUUGACCCGGCCUCGCAGUCGUACAAGCAGGAGGGCGAGCCGCUGGCCGGCCACGCCGACUGGGUCCGCGACGUGGCCUGGUCGCCGACCGUGCUGCAAAAGUCGUACAUUGCCUCGGCGUCCCAGGACAAGACGGUGCGCAUCUGGACCUCGGACCCGUCCACCAACGGCCACUGGGAGCCCAAGGUGCUCGGCUUCGACGCCGCCGUCUGGCGCGUCAGCUGGUCCCUGAGCGGCAACGUCCUGGCCGUCAGCGGCGCCGACAACAAGGUCUCGCUGUGGAAGGAGAGCCUGCGCGGCGAGUGGGAGUGCGUCAAGUCGAUGGAGGAGUAG